UAUGAUUUUUGUAACGAAAAAUCUAGUUUUUUUAAAUAAAUUUACAAAUGCAAUUUACAGCUUAACAAAUCAGGACUUUGAGUAUCUGGCUCAAAUAAUCGUCAAAGUUUUCCCUACGGAGUCUACAUACACUUAUUAUAUUCCACCUAUUGCGAAGAGAUACUCGCGUACUCAGAAGUCUAUUGUGUCAAGAGGAAAAUUGGUCGGCAAAUAUCGAAACAAAAUCCGGGAAUUAAAAAAUUUGUCUGAUUCUGACACAUCAUUCGACAAGCCUGUUAGUUCUACGAAUCCAUCUUCUGACGAUGAUGAUACUGAAGGUAUUGCGGAAGCGCUAACGUGGCUCCAGAAGCACACAGAGCCAUGGGAAGUAGUCACUGCAAAGUGGAAGCUACAACGGAAUGUCGUCGCAAAGACAAUAAUUUGCAAACAACUUCAAAAGUCUGUGAGAUUUUCGAAUGUUGGCCACUUUUGAAGCAUCCAAAGGGAUACGAUCUUAUAGAAAUAGACUACGCUUCCCUGAAGUUGAUAACUAUAGAGCUCAGCGUAAAAAAUUGGUUUGUCUUUUACGCGAAUCUUCAGAAAAUUUGCCCAAUCAGGAAGGACGACAAUAACGCGGAAUCGUUGAACCAAUUGCUUCAACUUGAAAACUUGACUGAUGAUAGUAGAAUCUUUCUACAGCUACGUAUACUGCCACACAUGAUACCACCGAAAGGACGAAUAAGGGGUUCUAAAAAUCAAUGGAAACCGUCGAUAAGUGAAUGCAAAGAUAGCAUUAUUGUGCAUGCAGUGGUGUCAGCCGACACGAUCAAUAUUCAAGAAAGACGAAGGGAAGUGAUGAAGAAACUUGGUCUCACUCUACAACCUUUCAUUAUCGUUGUCGGACCAACUCUUUCCGAAAUCUCCAGCUUCUAUGUUUGUGUCGAUAAAGUGCUAUAUAAGGUACCGUCAGUUCUAAAAGCUCUAGAAAUAUGCUUCAAAUGUUUUCAUGUGCUCAAUGCCGUAUACCCGCCUGAGAGUGAACACUUAUGGCUACUUUUGCAACGAAGUCUGUUCAUGUUCUCGACAAAAUGGGACAAAAUGGCUCCUUACAUUAUGGAAAUCAUCACAGAACUUUCGAAUUUGGACAAAGACAAUAACGAGCAAAGAAAAGAAUAAAUUCAUCACACUCGCAAACGAUCGUAUUCUCGAAAUUAUAACAUCAUUUUUUUAAAACAAGUUAAAAUAUUUAUAUGUUACGGUACUCAGACAACAUGUUUCCUUGUCCAUUUUGCAAUUCGCAAUUAUCUUCAAAAGUUGCCUUUACGAGUCACAUGAAACUCAAACACAAAACGUUAAUGACUUCGACUUGUUAUUGUCCAUACCAAAAUUGUUUCCGUAGUUUCAAUAAUUUUUACACAUAUAGAAGACAUUUGAGUUUGAAAUAUAGUAUACAUGAUAGAACACAGCAAAUUGAAAAAGAGUCAAUCAGCGAAGGUCCUGUUGAAUUCGAUAAUUCGCAAUCUUCGAGUACCUCUCGAAGUCAUUUUGUCCAUGAACCUUGUGCGAGUAAGACUUCUCCGCCCCUUCAACUCUGUCUAAGUGUUGAAAAAUUUUAACACAUAGUAGAUCAGCGUAUUGCAUUGUUUGUCGCUGAGCUUUAUGCGGACUUGACUCUUACAAGAUCGUUUGUAUCAAGUUUAAUCGAUAAAUUAAACAAUCUGUAUGGCUUGACUUUUAUAUCAAUGCUGAAAGAAAAGUAUAACUGUCAGGAAUAUAAAGAAUUACCAUCUGACCUCGACUCGAUGUUCAAUAUAAUACAGCACGCGUUUGAUAAUUUUUCAACUGAGCACAAAAUUUUUAAGUACUUUGAUAAUUUGAGUGUUCUAAUAAAACCUCAGUCUAUUGUAGUUGGCGCGACACUAAAGUCUCGUUUUCUUGACGGACGACGUCAAGUUGUUAUAUCCAAUACAGAGAUUCAAGUUAUACCAAUAAAAUCGGUUUUGAAAAAGUUUUUAGAACUACCGAACGUUUUGAGUUCUAUCUUAUCGCAUUUAGAAUAUUGUAA